CGUCAAUUGACUUUGGCUUCACCUCUAGUAAUGAUAGCCUCUUUCCUACAAUCCCUCUCCCGACUCGGACGAACAUGGAAACCGCUCAACUUCUCAAAUCCUCACUUCGCCCGGAUCCCACUAAGCCAAAAGAUCGAGGAAGAAACCAUCCCAGAUUAUGUCGCUUCUCGAUACUAUCCUACGCGAAUCGGCGAGGUCUUCCGCGAUCGAUACCAAGUCGUCGGAAAAUUAGGAUUCGGCGCCAGCUCAACAGUGUGGUUGGCCAGGGAUAUGCAUUAUCGACGCUACGUGACCCUCAAAAUCUACACCACCUCCAAAUCCAUGGGCCCGCAACUAGACGACGAGCUCAACAUGUACACUCGUAUAGCGAGGGGCUCGAACCGCCAUCCAGGUCGCGACGCCGUCAGAUCCCUCCUGGACUCGUUUGAUGCCGACGGCCCGGAAGAUCAGCAUCGGUGUCUCGUGCACCCGCCGCUGUGGGAGAGCGUGUGGGCUUUUUUGCACCGGAAUCCGGUCCGCAGGCUCCCUAAGCCGGUUCUCGCGUUUGUGCUGCUAAGGCUGUUUUUGGGGUUGGAUUAUUUGCAUUCUGAAUGUCGGAUUGUACAUACGGACCUAAAAGCCGACAACAUCAUGAUGGGAAUCGCCGACGACACCGUCUUCCACGACUUCGAAGCGCGCGAACUCCAAGACCCGUGUCCCCGGAAAGAGAUCGACGGCAGAACCAUCUACGUGUCGCGGGACCUCCGAAAGCCCAAGAAAUGGGGCGCCCCUGUUCUCUGCGACUUUGGGUCCGCGGUUGCUGGCGAAACCGAGCAUGUCGAAGACGUCCAGCCGAAUAUUUAUCGCGCGCCGGAGGUUAUAUUAGAAGCACCGUGGGGGUAUAGCGUGGAUAUUUGGAAUGCGGGGUGUAUGAUCUGGGAUGUUUUCGAAGGCGAGUCGCUGUUCACCGGGCAGGAUCCGGAACUCCAUAAGUAUAGAAGUCGCGCGCAUAUUGCAGAGAUAAUGCGUGUUCUUGGGCCUCCGCCGCGAAGUCUUCUAGAGCGGGGGAAGUCAAGUCAUAGGUUCUUUUCUGAGGAGGGUGAAUUCUGCGCUGGCAUCCCAUUGCAAGACCGGACACCUCUUGAGCAGAGGGAAACGACUCUGACAGGGGAGGAUAAAGAGGCAUUCCUACGCCUAGUGCGGAAAAUGGUACAGUGGGAGCCUGGCAAGCGGAGUUCUGCGAGGGAGUUAGCUGAGGAUGAGUGGAUUCGUGCGAAUUUGUAGAUGGGCCUCAUAUCUAAGGCUUUUACGGCAUCUUUUCGGCUUGGUUAUCUGAGUACUGAGUUUAUACUGAGGUAUAUAGUAUUUACGGCAGCGGGAUACAGAAGCUUGAUGUGAAUGUAGUAAUAUGGUAAAUGAG